AGGUGCUUGAACUGGGAUUUAAUUUCUCAUCCUAUGGAUCACUGAAGGAGUAACAGAUGGCCUUGCCUCGUCUUACAGGCGCUUUACGCUCCUUUUCAAAUGUCACUAAACAUGAGGAUUACAGUGAAGAAUUAGCUGACUUAACGACUAAAAGAUCAAAACUGCAUGAACAGUUGCUGAAGUCUGAUCUUACUUGGAAGAAGAUAAUAAAGUUUGUUGAUGACAAUUUGGACAAAAAAGAACACCAAACUGUAAAUGGUGAUUUAAAAACUAUAUUACAAGCUGCAAAACAAAUAGUUGGAGCUGAAAAUGGACAAGAAGCAAUUGAAAGCGGAGCUGUUUUUCUCUUUAAGACAUUUCACAGGAAAGACUGUGUUGGUCAUGAUGAGACAAAGGCGAUCAAGCAGAUGUUUGGGCCAUUUCCAUCAUCAUCUGCUACUGCAGCUUGUAAUGCCACAUGUCGGAUUGCUUCUCACUUCACUGAAGAACAGCUUACAGCCCUCAUACAGAUGGCUGAAGAGCAAAAUGGUGAUAACAGAGUGUUCUUUGGUAAAAAUAUAGUGUUUUCAUUUGACAUGCAUGAUUUGGAUCACUCUGAGGAGCUGCCUGUGAAUGGUGAGGCUGAUGCGCAGAAAAUUAUAAGCUUAGAUUAUAACAAAUUCCUGAAUAACCAGCUGAAUCACUUACAGAAUUACUGUGAUGAGAAAUCUGAUCUCAAGUCUUUGGAAAAAGUAGAUGAUUCUUUUUUAUGGUGUGAAGUUGGAAAGUAUCUGAAUGAAUCUCAAGGGGGUAGCCCUGGAGGACCAACAACGGAAGACCUCUGCUGUACGUUGUACGAGAUGCUUGCUUCUACCAAAAGUGGCGAUGAACUUCAAAAUGAGUUAUUUGAACUGCUAGGCCCUGAAGGUUUUGAGCUCAUAGAGAAACUCCUACAGAACAGAUCUCUGAUUCUGGAAAGAUCUUUGACUUGUUCAAAUGAUAACAGGUUCCAGACUCUGCAAGAACAGUGCAAGAAGUUUAUAGGAGAAAAUGCUAAGCCCAAUUACGGUUGUCAAGUUACAAUUCAGUCUGAACAAGAAAAGCUGUUAAUGAAACAAUAUCGUCGGGAGGAAAAGCGAAAUGCCAGAAAAGAAAAACAAGCUGGGGAAGAUGGAGAAGUUUCAGGAGAAAUGUGCUUUGAUCCCAAAGAGCUGCGGAUGCAAAGGGAACUAGCACUUCUGAAUGCUCGAAGUAUGCCAGUUCUAGGUAGACAGAGAGAGAUGGACUUCGAAAGAAUUCAUUAUCCGCAUGUUUAUGAUUCCCGAGCUGAAGCUAUGAAAACAUCGGCAUUCAUUGGGGGUGCAAAGGUGUUCUUACCAGAGGCCGUUCAGAGAGAAAACAAUAAAAUGUAUGAAGAGGUGAAGAUCCCCCAUAGUGAACCAAUGCCUAUUGGUAUUGAAGAGAAAAUUGUUUAUAUUAAAGACUUAGAUGAG